AUGAAGGAUGUCACAGAACGCCAGAUUGUGACAGAGGAUCACCCCGAUAGCGACGAGCAGCGAUCACUAGAGGCACCUGCCGUGGUCAAUACCGCAGUGAAGGCAGUAGAGGGCUAUCGGUUACAGGAACACUCGGACGACCUACUCAGACAAGCACAAGAGAUCGCGAUCGGCGAUGAUCACCCGGUCGGAGACGAUCAAGAGCUCGAAUUGUCAGAUCAAAAGAUACAGAAUGCUACGGUAAUGAAUCGCGAGGGAGACGUGACAGACGAGACUCAAACGAAAUCGGUGGCUUAUCGCCACGAUAGUGGUGUUUUAUCUGCGGAAGAUGUGGACCAACACAUGGCACUCUUGUCAAAAAUAAUUGUGCCCACAAAGGAAGUGGCUAUAGAUGACAUCCAGGUUUGGCGAUCCAGGUGUCCCGCUGACAGAUGA